CCGACACGAGAAGAAAGAGUGAGAGUGAGAGAGCGGGAGCGGCGAUGGCGGGGAAGUACGGGGAGUUGGUAAGGGCGAUAGAGAGCAUCCCUCUGGUGGAUGCACACGCUCACAAUAUCGUCGCUCUCGAUUCCGACGUUCCGUUCAUCCGAUGCUUCUCCGAGGCCGAAGGCGAUGCCCUCAAUGACGUCCCUCAUGCUCUUUCCUUCAAGAGAAGCAUCAAAGAUAUUGCUGGCUUGUAUGGCUGCGAGGCAUCACUGGAUGGUAUUCAACAGCAUCGCAAGUCAUCUGGACUCCAGCAGAUUUGCUCGAAAAGCUUUGAAGCUGCAAAGAUAUCUGCUGUUUUCAUUGAUGAUGGCAUCACUUUUGACAAAAUGCAUGACAUUGAAUGGCACAAAAGUUAUGUGCCUGUUGUUGGUAGAGUACUGAGAAUCGAGCGACUUGCAGAGGAAAUACUUGAGGAAGGGCUACAAAGUGGGAAGCAAUGGACGCUGGAGGAUUUCAGCUAUAUAUUCUUGACAAAGUUAAAACAGGCUGCCAGUAAAGUUGUCGCCCUGAAGAGUAUAGCUGCUUACAGAAGUGGCCUGCAAAUUGAUACACAUUUUUGCAGCGAGAUUGUGGAGAAUAGUAUUCUAAAAGUCUUAAAUGAUGGAAAACCUGUUCGUAUCCAGAACAAGAGCUUCAUUGACUACAUAUUAACACUCAGUUUGGAGGUAGCAAUAGAUUAUGACUUGCCUGUUCAAAUACAUACAGGUUUUGGAGAUAAAGACCUAGACUUGAGGCUUAGCAACCCACUUCACUUACGUGUACUUCUUGAGGACAAGCGAUUCACAAAAUGUCGGAUUGUUCUACUUCAUGCAUCUUACCCAUUCUCACAGGAAGCAUCAUAUCUGGCAUCUGUUUAUCCGAAUGUUUAUGUUGAUUUUGGUUUGGCGAUUCCAAAGCUUAGUGUUCAUGGGAUGGUUUCAUCAGUCAAGCAGCUUUUAGAGUUAACUCCUAUAAAUAAGGUGAUGUUUAGUACAGACGGAUAUGCCUUUCCUGAAACAUUUUUCUUAGGUGCAAAACGGGCACGCGAGACUCUUGCUACUGUCUUGUGUGAUGCUUGUGAGGAUGGAGAUCUCACUAUAUUAGAGGCUAUUGAUGCUGCGAAGAGCAUUCUUAGGGACAAUGCUUUACAAAUUUACAAGGUCAAACAAAAUGUCGACUCACCGGAAGCUACACUGUAUUCAUCCCAAACAAAUAAACUUGUGAAGCAGCCUGCACAAAAAACUGUUCUUGUACGUGUUAUGUGGGUGGACACAUCUGGACAACAUCGUUGUCGUGUAAUACCUGAGAGUCGCUUCCAUCAAGUUGUAAAAGACCAUGGGGUUGGUCUUACUUUUGCUUCAAUGGGCAUGACCUCCUUUUGUGAUGGCCCUGCUGAAGGAUCCAAUCUUACUGCUGUGGGUGAAAUUCGGCUAAUCCCAGAUCUUUCAACAUCAUGCAGGCUACCCUGGUCGCAAGAGGAAGAGUUGGUUUUGGCAGACAUGCAUGUUAAACCUGGACUACCUUGGGAAUAUUGUCCAAGAGAAGCAUUGAGAAGAGUUUCAAAUGUCCUAAAGAAGGAAUUCAAUUUGGAAAUGAAUGCAGGUUUUGAGAAUGAGUUCUUUAUUUUAAGGAGUGAAUGCAGGGAUGGACAACGGGAAUGGUUACCAUUUGAUUCAACUCCAUAUUGCUCCACUGCAGCAUUUGAUGCUGCAUAUCCAAUUCUAAAGGAAGUGAAUAAUGCUCUCAGUGCCAUGGGAAUUUCAGUGGAGCAGAUACAUGCAGAAGCAGGGAACGGACAGUUCGAGAUAUCCUUGGGGCAUACACACUGUGGUCGUGCUGCCGAUAAUUUGAUUUUGACUCGUGAAACUAUAAGAUCGGUUGUCCGCAAGCAUGGAUUUCUAGCGACGUUCCUACCAAAGUACUUCCUUAAUGAUAUUGGUUCUGGGUCACAUGUACAUCUUAGUUUACAGCAGAAUGAAGAGAAUGUUUUUAUGGCUCCAAAUGGCACAACAACUAAAUAUGGAAUGACCCAAAUUGGUGAGAAUUUCAUGGCUGGUAUUUUUGUUCAUCUCCCUUCAAUAAUGGCAUUCACAGCUCCUCUUCCAAACAGUUACGACCGCAUAAAACCAAAUACCUGGAGUGGGGCAUUUCAUUGUUGGGGAAAGGAGAACAGGGAAGCACCACUCAGGACGGCAAGCCCUCCAGGAGUACAUAGUGGACUUGUUAGCAAUUUUGAGGUUAAAACUUUUGAUGGAUGUGCAAAUCCAUAUUUAGGUUUGGCUGCAAUUAUGGCUGCUGGCAUUGAUGGCCUCAGAAGAAAGCUUGUUUUGCCAGACCCUGUUGAAACAAAUCCUAGUGAUCAUGACAUAAAUCUUCCUAAAUUGCCCACUUCACUCAACGAAUCUAUUGAAGCUCUUGCUAAGGAUGAAACUUUGAAGAAUUUAGUUGGUGAGAAGCUUGUCUCCACAGUUGUUGGCGUAAAGAAGGCUGAAGUCGAGUACUAUGCGUCCCACCCUGAUGCAUAUAAGCAACUCAUACACCGAUAUUAAGCGGCACAACAGUUUUGUAGGCGUUGGCCAGACAGUCUGAAGUUGGCAUUCAUUUGGCUUAAAGAAAGAACCAGUUGCAAUAAGGAACCAGUCGAAAACGUCCUGAUUUGGCUAUUGCUAUGUACAACACAUGCCUGAGUAUCGGCAAACUUUUUCUGCAUCUCAACGAGGGAAUUUAACCAGGAAAUUUGGCAUCUUGCAAACGCAAAGAAGCAAGGUGGGUGUUCAUUACUCGGAUAAGAGAGUUUGAUUCUUUUGCAGAUUCUCGUUUCUAAGGUUCCUGUACCAAAUUCUGUUAUUUUAUUUCUCCGAGCCGGGAAACUUUCAUAUUCUUUCCUUGUUAUACUAAUUUGCUAGAUCAUCUUCGUUUCAUUUACAAGCACUAGAAUAUAACUUUUCAUCU